UUUCAGGCAUAUUUAUUUUGAUCAUUUGUAUAAAAUCCUAUGUUGACAGUGGAAAGUUUUGUGGCGUCACCUGUUGUGAUAGGUGGAUGUGAAAGCUGCUAAUAUUAGGUGCUCGCCAAGUGUUUGAUGAAUUGUGGCUGAAAGAAAAGACAGGAACAGAAAGAAUUUCCAGAGAGAGGGAAAAGAGAAAUUGACAGAAUAAGAGAGAAUUUUAGAGAAUAAUUCCAUACUGGAUUUUCCAUUCAUCCCUUACAGUUUAUAUCCCUAGAUUCUGCUUUACACACUUGACCGCAACAACAACAUCUAUCUAACAAAAAAGUAAAAUGAAAAUUGCAAAAAUAGAACUAAAUAGUAAAUAAGAGUUGGGCUUUACUAUUGACCCGUGUACUAACUCUCCAAGGACCUAACCACAAUCAAAUUAAGUGACCCAAUAAAGCAAUAAGACUAACUCAACAGAUUUAGAAAUUGCCCCUGCAUCUUGAUUUUUUCUUCUUUGGUUUUGAAAGAGGAUUUUGAAACAUUUUUGCUGAUUUUCAUGUUCACUAUAUUCAUGUUUGAAUCUGGUAGUUAUGUUUAUGGAUGUAAUAUUGAUGAGUAAAGAAAUAUUGAUUAUUGUCAAAUGUUCAUUUUGUUUUUCUCAGCGUGGAUUUGAAAGAUUGUCCAAGAAACAGUCAUUUGGAUUAAGAAGAAAGGGGGGGAAAACCGAUGGAAGAGCCCCAUUCAGUGAAUAGUCCGAGGACAAUCCUCAGUUUUUCAAAAAGAGGUAGAACAACAACAGCCUCCGUCUCAUUUGUUGAUCCAAAUGACGAAAAAUCUAAUUCCGGGGAACAUGGUCCAAAGCCUUCCGAGGUUUAUGGCUUUGUUGGUUCCAUUACAACAGUUGUUGCUACAGCUAUUUACUUAGCAUGGGCAUAUAUUCCUGAACCUUGGUUACAUUCAAUCGGGAUCUUCUAUUAUCCUAGCAGAUAUUGGGCUUUGGCAGUUCCAAGUUAUGCUAUGGUAAUAAUAGUAUUAGCUGUUAUAUUUUAUGUCGGCCUCAACUUCAUGUCAACCCCACCACCAACUUCAUUAACCACAAUGUUUGAUGAAUUUAGUAGAGAACCUUCAAGCUUUUUGUCUCAUAUGGAGGGAGAUGAACAGCCAAUUGAACCCAUAUCUGAUCUUGGGAUCGACAAGAUUAACGUUCUCAUGUUCGAUGAUGCUAAAUGAUACAUCCACUCUAGUUGUCCAUCUAUCCCGUCUCACCAUUAUUGGGAAGGAAGGAAACCGAAUUAGUUGGCAAGUUUUGAAGAGAUUUGAAUGCAUAAAUUUUGAUUGUUCGAGAAAAAAAAAGUAGGUUGUUUCUUUUUGUUAAUGUGAUAAUGAACAUAUUGACUAGGCAUAGAAAUAAUUUGUUUAUCACUUCAAACAAUUAGCAAUAGAUUUUUUUUUGCGGACUUCUUAAAAUUUGUUUGGCAAGAAAUUUUUUAAGGCAUUAAUAUAAGAUCCUUUACAUGUAA